ACCCUCAAUAGUCACAUACGUUCUCUGCCUCUCUGUUUUCUCUCACGCACGCAGCAUGCUCUCGGCCUCUCUCUAUUCUCAGUCGGCUGUCACGGCGUCUCUGCCUCUCUCAGUCUCUCUGCAGUCUGCACGCACGAACUUCCAUUAAGUUCGAGCCAUAACGACCAUAGUAAUGAAUAGGGGAUGAGGCUCCAUAAGGUUCUGUCAGAAAGAAGUACAUGGAGGAACCCUAUCUGCUUUAUUCGACUCUUUGAGGGAGAAACUCGCUGAAGUGCAUACUGUUACGGAGCUUCCAUUGCUCCUCCCAGAUUAGCAAUGUGGAUAGGAUUAGCAUUUGCCAGAUGAAAUUUUUUGUGACAUCCUCUCGUUUCUUCCAACUGAAGAGGCUGUUUCAACAAUGGUUCUCUCAAAGAGGUGGAAACCACUCUGGCUUUCAGUCCCUAUCCUAGACUUUCACCAAGAUCGAUAUCUCCAAGGGAAGGAAUCGAAAUCGUACUCUGACUUCAGCAAUUUCGUAUCCGCUACUAUCCUUUCACGAGGUUUGCAUCAACCCAUCAAAAACUUUACCCUCAGAACAGGUGACGAUUGUCCAUCUUCCGAUGUCAAGGAAUGGUUAAAAGCAGCAAAAAAAUGCCAAGUUGAGAAACUCGAAAUUUGGUAUCCCGAUUCACCAGUGCCUCACUAUAUUUUCAGAUGCACAACCCUAGUUGUUCUCAAGCUAUAUGAGACAUAUUUUGAAGCUUUUUCUUCUGUGCACCUGCCCUUGCUCAAAACACUGUAUAUGCACUAUGUUCAGUUUAUAAACCCUCAAUUUUUGAUGAACCUUCUUUAUGGGUGUCCUGUUCUUGAAGAUUUGGAAAUACUUCACGUAUAUUUUGAUGACUCAGAUUUGGGAUCGAAUGACACGUCUUUUAAUGACUCUCCCUUUGAGGGGCAGGUUAAAAGUUUAUCCAAUUUGGUCAGAGCUAAGGUUUUUUUUCACCUUGCUUUCCAUAUUCCUGUGAAAGCUUUUUCCAAUGCACAGUUUCUGCACUUAAACAAGUGUGAUGCAGGCAUUCCUGUAUUUCCCAAUUUAACUUAUCUGGAGAUCUCCUUCAAACGACACUCUCUUAAAUGGAAUUUGGUGCUUGAUAUGCUCAAUCAUUGUCCUAAGCUUCAAACGGUUGUCUUUGACAUACGUCUUGAUGAUGAUGAGGUUUGGCCAGACCCAGGUUUUAUUCCUAAAUGCUUUUCUACGCAUCUUAGGAAGUGCUUUAUUAAAGGUUAUGCAGGAGUGGAUUGUCAGAUGAGAUUUGCAAGAUAUGUUUUGCAAAACGCAACCUUGUUACGUUCCCUGAUCAUUUGCAGUCGGUAUUCCCAAAAUCAUCAGAGAAAGCUUGAAAUGAUAACAGAAUUGGCCUCAUAUCCAAGGAGCUCUGCAGUUUGUGAACUUCUAUUUAAGUGAUUUAUAUGCUUGUUAGUAGUUGGAAAUUAUUCCUAAAGUGGAUGACUGCAUUUGUUCAUAGUUUAAUGUAUCUGCUGGUUUUGGUGCUUUUGUUAGACACAAACUUUGUGUGUUUCUCCUGUUAUUGUUUUGAAAAUUGCUGAUCUUAUGCACUCCAACUCUACUUUUGUAAAUCUGACAAACUGAAAUGAGAGUAGAUUUUCUAA